AGAGCGUCGUCGCAAGGCAUCGCAGGUUCAGGAUGAGUAUUGUGACGGCAGAAGUUUCUUUACCGGGCCCUGUUCCCUAUCCAUUGUCCAGCCUCCUUGAGAAAUGGAACGAGGAACAGGAGGUAAAACAAUGUCCGAAUAAGCGUCGCAAAUUGUCCAAGACGCAUGUAACCGUCAGACAGGAAAAUACUGCAUCUGGUGAACGCAUACCAGGUGGCUAUAUUCCUUUGGCGCAUUUUACUCUAGGCCUGAAUUUUGCAAAUCCUGGUUCAGUUUCCAGAUAUAUUGAUCUACCUCAUCAUAUACCUAUUCUGACUUCGAUAAACGCCCACGGAAACCUUGGAAUGAGUGAUGAACGUGUCCCCUUCACGUUAACGCUGCAGGAGAUACCAGAAAAGUCUAUUCUUUUUAGACGCGAAUUUUCUGAGCCAAGAACCAUUGAUUUUAUGAAACGUCUCUAUGUACACGACUGGCUUGUUUCUAUCGAUAAUUACAGCUCAAAUUCUCCACCGGCUGUAUGUUAUCAAUCGACUUUGCAUUGCUUACCCGAUAGAAAGUCAUUCCGCCUAGAAACGACAAUACUAUGGAAAGAUUCGCUUGAGAUUCCAAGUCAAAUAACUUCCCGUAUUGGACUCGCCCACUACAAGUUUGUAGAACAGGGCCGUCCAAACGCCCAGCUGGACUUUUUUCCGCGUGGUGCACCAAAGCUACGACCUGUUGAGUGGUCACCUCGUGAGUUUUAUGACAAUGUGCACGUCCCAGAAGAUACAUCUGCUUCUUCGUCAGAAAUAAAAUGUAACCAGAUCCGAGCCAAGCUUCUUCCUUUUCAGAGAAGAGCGGUACGAUGGCUUCUGCAAAGGGAAGGCAUGGAACUUAAACCAGACGGGCGAGUUGUUCCUAUUGAAAAAACAGAAAGCAAUCAUCUGCCGGCCUCCUUUGUGGAAAUAAAAGAUUUAAAUGGGCGGACUUGCUUUUCGAGCCAGCUUUACUCGAUCAUGACCACCGACCUUUCUGGCUGGAACGAUGCCGCCAAUUACGUGAAGGGCGGCAUCCUUGCGGAGGAGAUGGGACUUGGAAAAACUGUCGAAAUAAUUAGUUUGAUCUGCCUGAACCGGUUAAAAGAAGGAGGGCGAGCGAAAAAGGAGGAAAACUGGCGUGUCUCAUCUAAUGAUCUGAGGGAAUCAGGGGCAACCUUAAUUAUAACUCCUCCAGCAAUUUUGGAGCAAUGGAAGCAGGAAAUUAAGCGGCACGCAACUGGCCUCCGUGUCUUUCAUUACACGGGCUUCCGGGAUCGUCCAGAUUUAACGAACGAAGAGUUAGUUGAUGUGAUCUCUGACCAUGAUAUCGUUCUUACUUCCUAUGAUGUUCUCUCACGAGAGGUUUAUUUUUCUGUGGACCCUCCGAAGCGGAAUCUACGUCAUGAGAAAAAAUUUGAACAAAAGAAGACGCCCCUUGUUCAAAUACUUUGGUGGCGCGUCUGUCUUGAUGAAGCUCAGAUGGUCGAGAGCGGAGUCAGCAAUGCCGCAAAAGUUGCUCUUAUGAUUCCUCGACAGAAUGCCUGGGCUGUGACAGGGACUCCGCUUCGAAGCAAUAUAAGUGACCUUUUCGGCCUCUUUGUUUUUCUUAAUUAUACGCCGAUCUGUGAUUCAUCUGGCAUUUGGAAUAGGUUACACCAGUAUUUCAAGCCAGUAUUUGCGGAUAUUAUCAAUCAAAUAGCCCUUAGACACAGCAAAGACAACAUCCGUGGCCAGCUCCACUUACCACCUCAGAAACGAGUUGUCAUAACCGUACCUUUCAGCGCGGUUGAGGAACAACAUUAUCAACAGCUGUACGAUGAAAUGUGCGAAGACUGUGGCCUUGAUGCCACUGGAUCGCCGCUUAAAGAUAGCUGGGACCCCAGUGAUGCGGCUAUUGUUGAGAAAAUGCGAAGCUGGCUGAUGCGACUCCGUCAGACAUGUCUUCAUCCAGAGAUGGUGGCAGGUAAGGACCGGAUUUUGGGCGCAAAAAAGAAUCCGCUUCGUUCUGCUGCUGAAGUCCUUGAGGUAAUGCUUGAUCAAAACGACACACAGAUACGCUCGGAAGAGCGCGCUCUUCUACUGUAUCAGCUUCGCCGUGGGCAGUUGUUGGAAAAUGCUAUGCGCCGCAAGGAGGCCCUCGACCUUUGGACAGCAGCGUUGCAGCGUGCGAGUGAAAUAGUGAAAGACUGUAGAGACCAACUGCAGUCCGAGCUUGACAGAUGCCGAACAGGCGCUGCUGGAACUGAUGGCGAUAUGGUGACUGGCGACACUCCGGUUGAUGAUGACGAAAUUGAAAAGAAUACCCGCAUAGGGACCUCCCGUAAUAGGCUCCGGGCUGCUCUUGAAGUUCAGCACAUCUGCACAUUUUUCAUUGGCAAUGCGUAUUAUCAGAUCAAGACUGAUCCUAAACUGACUGCUCCCGAUUCCCCAGAAUUUCGGGAUCUUGAAAAGCGCGAAGUGGAAGCCUAUGAAGCCGCAAAGCUUAUCCGAAAAGAGAUUCUAGCCGACGUUUCCGGGAAGGUAGGCCGGCAUAUGAGAAUGAUCAAGGAUAGGGUAAAAAGGAACAUGGUUGUGAACAUGCCUACAAUGAAGCCUAGCGUCUAUGCUAAAGGCGUUGAGGGCCGGCUUUUGCUGGACAGGUUCGAAGACUUUUGUGCAGCCAUGAACUCUGCUACCUCCCAGUACCAGGAGUGGCGUGAUAUCAUGAUUAAGUUGCUCUUACAGCCGCUCGUGGACCAAGAAGAAGACGAGGAGCUCCAGGGAGAUGAGUAUGAAAAGUCAACAAAACACCAGGAUGAGAUGUACGUCUAUAUGGAAGCACUUCGUGCUAUGGUCGCUGAUCUGACCCAUGCGGUUACCGGUCAGAGAAAUAAUCUCAUUGAUCACGAAGUCAAAACGGGGAUUGCGUUGGCCAAAAAAGGCGAGGGGCCUUCUCCAAAACUUUUCCUUGAGAUAAUGGGGACACGCAGAGAGCUCAUACCUGGCCCUGAAAUCGGCCCUCUCCGUGGCAUAAUUGGUGAGCUUCGCAGCCUUGCAACCUCACUCGAGUGGCAAGAAAGUGGAGGGAGUUCCCGAGCGCGUGCCGAACUUGAGAAUAUUAAUGCGGUGCUCAGUAAUGCAAGCCAUAUGGCCACUGAACGAAGCAAGACUUUGGUGAAUCUCGAAAGAGAAAUUGAGAUGUUUCGGGACACGAUGAACAACCGUCUUGAGUACUAUCGCCAAUUGCAGCAGAUUUCAGACACUGUCGCUCCCUAUGAUGAAGAAAGUGUCGGGCAACCCCUCGAUGAACAAUUGUUCACAAAAAUGCUACAGGACGAAGCCCAUAUAGAGAAGAAAGUCUAUGGUUUGAAAGCGAAGCGCCGUUAUUUGAUCCAUCUUAGGGAUGAACCUGAAUCGGACGAUGGAUCGAGGAUCUGCAUAAUCUGCCAGUCGAGCUUCGAAAUUGGCGUCUUGACUGUGUGUGGCCACAAAUACUGCAGGGAUUGUCUACUCCUAUGGUGGCGCCAGCAUCGGAAUUGCCCGAGCUGCAAAACGCAUCUAAAGACCAGUGGGCUUCAUCAAAUCACGUACAGGCCGCAAGACCUUGUUGUGCAAGAGGAGAAGCCGUCGGACAGGGCGGCUUCUAAAUCUAAGCCUGGACGCCAUUCAAAGAACUCUAUAUAUAAGGAUAUUAGUUCAGGCGACUUGAGUGAGAUAAAGACUAUUGACCUUGACGGUUCUUUCGGUACGAAGAUCGACACCCUGUCGCGCCACAUUCUCUGGCUGCGCCAACAUGACCCUGGUGCAAAGUCAAUUGUUUUCUCCCAAUUUAAAAACUUUUUGGGGGUUCUGGAAAGCGCCUUCUCUCGCUUUAAGAUAGGGUAUACUAGCAUUGAUAAUAAAGAUGGUAUCGAGAGGUUCAGAAGUGACCCUGCGAUCGAGUGCUUUCUCUUACACGCAAAGGCUCAUUCAUCGGGCCUGAACCUGGUCAACGCGACUCAUGUCUUUCUAUGUGAGCCGCUCGUCAAUACCGCGAUCGAACUUCAGGCUAUUGCUCGGGUGCAUCGAAUUGGCCAGCAACGUCCGACUACGGUUUGGAUGUACCUUGUUACCGAUACGGUCGAAGAAUCGAUCUACGAUCUUUCCGUCUCCCGCCGUCUAGCUCAUAUCGUCAAGGAAGUAGAGGAUUUGGAUAGCCGUACUUCAAAUUCGAAAUCACGGACAAAAGGCGAUGUUAUAGCUGAAAGUCUCACUGAGACAGCCAUCGACUCAGCGAACUCUAGAGAAAUGCAAGACGCCGCUCUCACCAAGUUGAUGGCCGGUGGUGCAUCUGGAGGAGAGCUGGUCCAGAAGGACGAUCUAUGGGAGUGUCUUUUCGGAAAUGCAAGCAGAAGAUCAAAGAAGGAACAGAAACUCGAAGCUCAACAGGAGAUUGGAAGGUUUCUGAGAGGCGAAGCUGCCGAGGAAAGGAGAGCCGCGAGUUCGCCAUGAUAUGUUGUGUAUAUGUAUGAUAUACCCUUUAGCUUAAGUAUCAGGUGCUACGGAAACUCUGUUCCUUGUACAUAGAUAGACGGAGGGACACGUUUCUAGCUUUCUUUUCGGUGAUAGAAGGUUGCAGUAGUGUGCCAUUAUUACUGCCCUCUCCAAAGAUCUUUUUUCUGCUUACUUAAAUUAAACUAACG